AUGUCGGCCGAAGACGACUCCUCCGACCUCUCUUCGCUCUCUUCGUUGUCACCUGUGCCUUCUGAUAUUGAGCUGGACGAGCCAACCCAAGAGCCAGUCGCCAAGCCCAAAAAGGGUAUCCAGAAAUACUUCUCCAAGGCUACAGACAAACCAGCCAAGGAGGCUUCGCCGCCACCACGAAAACGCUCACCGUCGCCCCCUCAUGAAUAUGUAUUGGCAGAUAAUCCAGACAUUGCAUUCAUUGUGAUGUUCAGAAGCCGAUUCAAUGACGCAUUUCCUAAAUCUCUUGCCCAUUUUGGCCCACAAGAACUCGAACGUGACAUUGUCGAACCCAUUCCUGGCGAUCGAGCAGAACAUUUCCUUUGCGCGUUGCUGGGGUUACUGUUGAAUCGCAAGCAAGAUGUUAAGCCUGGCCAUUACGGUCGCGCUUUGGAGGAUGCUGUCAGUACUCACAAGAACCAAUGGGCACCGGCUUGGGAGGACAAGAGCCCUUUGGCUGGCGGCGCGACGUUCGCCUCGAUGAACCCUACGAAACGACUUACACUCCUGCGAUAUCUAAUUCUUUGGACUCUUUCGUCCUCCGACACCGUCAAAGGACUUAUCAAUCAAUCAUACAAGCAAAACCGCCACGAAGAUGAUACGAACCAGCCUAGAUCGGUACAGCCUUGGGGAUCAGAUGGAGACAAGCGCCGCUAUUUUCUGAUUGAAGGACAAGACGACACUGCGUUCCGCGUUUACAGAGAGAGCAAUCCUGCUGGGACCAACAGAACAUGGUGGAGCGUUGCGGGUACCAUCGAAGAGCUCAAGACUCUUGCUGAGAAACUCCAGGUUAAGGAUGGCGGACCAAAAGCUACAAAGCUAGCUCAGAAAAUGUUCUCUGCAGUGCCCCGAUUCGAAGCCGGCGAAGAUAAGCGGAAGCGCCGUGAUUACCGCCAGGCGCGCAAGGAACAGUUCAAGAGACCGGAGCCUGGGUUUUCUCUUUAUGAGGGUCGAACCCGGGGCAAAAAGAUGAAGUAUACAUACUCCGACGAUGAAGACAUCUUCACUACCGACUCGACAACUCGACGAUCUACCCGCAACACUGGAACUCACACACCCGUAGAGACUGGCCCUGUCACUACUGCUAGCGGCCGGCAGAUCAAGGCACCAACACGGCUGAACCCCACAACUGGAAGCAGUGCGCCAGGCAGUGUACAGGGAGACACGUCCGAAGUUGAUAGAGAGCAAUCCGUUGGUCCAACGGGACGGCCUCGCCGUUCGGCAGCAGUGAACCACGGCACAACCGGCUGGGUCGAGAACAACAAGGGACCCCGGCACAACGCCUCUGAUGAUUCUGACGAUGAGAGCGAGGCCGAUUUCGGGGAUGACGAGGAAGAUGUCGAUGAGCAUGUGCCUGACGAAUCAGAAGACGAAGACGACUUCGACGAUGAAGCUAUGAUCGACGAUGACCUGGAAGAGAAAAAUCGAAGUCUGGUUGUAAAGCUUUCAGUAACACCACCAAAGUUGCGGAACGUCCUGGGACCCAACUCACAAGCUGGAAACAAACUACCAACGCCGAGCUCUGAUAAGGGAGGCGAGGAGCAUCGACUGGGAGAAUCGCCUCUUGUUGAGAUGCAAGACGCCCCAGAAGCUACAUCCAGCAAGGAAGCACAGGCUGCAGCCCAGCCAUCUCCCACUCUAAACAUGAACUUUGCUGAACGCGACAACGCUAGCCCAGCAGCCCUACAUGCGACGUCUCUGGCUUUUAGAGGGAGCCCAGAAAAGACGCAAGCGCAUCCUGUUCCCCGACCUCUCGAUGUUGGGGCAAAUCACGAGUAG